CGUUCCCUGGCAUCAGUAUUGCACCUGCUGCCGCGGGAGACUGCUAGGGGGAGUCUGGAGGUCUUGGCUGUGGGGUGGCACGUGAACCUGAGCUCUUGGCUACUCUAGGUCACUACAGAUCUCAUGGCAAUGUGAAUGCCACGAGAAGUAUUGUGAAUCUCAGACCUGGCUAGAGUCCAGCUCAGGUUGCCAGUCACCUGAGACGUGUUUUGCAUCCUCAGAACAAGCUGGGAUGAGGAACAAGAAUGCUAACUAAAAAUGAAUGAAAGCAGAAAAUCAAAUGAGAAAAGUGCUGACAAUAGAGAAGAUGACAGAGAGGAGUUACUGGAAUUUACUGAGAACUUUAACCAACUUGAAUUGUUGGAAACACACAGACAUCUAAUUCCUAUAGGAACUCAGAGUCUUUGGUCAGGAGAGUCUGAUGAGGAAGAUGAAGAGGAGGAAAAAAGUGAGGAGUGGUACCAAAUGCAAGAAAAAAAAAUGGAGAACAAUCCAGAAAAACUGCUGCUUUGGGCAGCUGAAAAAAAUCGGCUUAGUACAGUGCACAAGCUCCUUUCUCAAAAGCUAGCUCCCGUUAAUGUCCAAGACGAAGAUCAGUACACUCCCCUCCAUCGAGCUGCCUACAGUGGACAUUUAGAUGUUGUGCGUGAAUUGAUUGACCAAGGUGCAGAUGUCCAUGCAGUGACAGUGGAUGGCUGGACGCCUCUACAUAGUGCAUGUAAGUGGAACAAUACAAAGGUGGCUUCGUUUUUACUUCAGCAUGGUGCAGAUAUCAACGCUCAGACAAAUGGAUUGCUGACACCAUUGCAUCUUGCUGCAGGAAACAGAGGAAGUAAAGAAACACUUGAAUUGCUGCUGAUGAAUCGUUACCUGAAACCAAACCUAAAAAAUAACUUGGAUGAAACUGCAUUUGAUAUUGCUAGAAGAACUGACAUAUAUCACUACCUGUUUGAAAUUGUAGAAAAUUGCACAAAUUCUGUGCCAGAUUCUUAAAAAUUCUCAUUAUUUAAACUUUUGAAUGUGAAUUUCACUUACUUACUCUUUGUAACACGGCAUUCUUUAGACUUGCACCUAAAACUAAUGGUUUCUCCCCACUUCUCAGAAAAGAUUUAAUGGGCGAUGUUGUAGAAGGGGAGGUCUCAUGAUUAAGAUUUCAUUAUUUUUGCAAAAUAAAUGACCAUAUACUUACUCAGACAUAUUAUCACUUAUAUACAAUGGGACUUGAGGUGUUUGCAGAAUAAAGCUUUGGUAAAUUUAGUAAUUUGCAGUGGGUCUCUGCUUAAUCAGCGCAAAUUAGCGAGGAUCUACUGUAAUUAAAGUCCAAAACACUAAUCCCAAGUCAAGGAGAGAACUGGAACAUUAACCGUUAAGUAAGCUAGCAGGUUAUGCACAAAUUGGUAGUUACUGUUUGUUUUAAACUUUGAAACACUUGUUUUAACGUCUUAAAAACUGCAUGAAAAUGCCGACUGAAUGUAACUAACUUAUACAGGGGACACUCAAAAUAUAAAGUUACCUUAUUUUAAAAUAAAAUACUUAACACUAAA